GACUUGCAGUUACUCGUACUGGAAUACUAUUAUUACCAUUCAGGAUGCAACCUCUUCCUCCGAAUGAACAGGACUCUAGGAAGAUAGUUACGAAUAUCACUGAGAAUGCAGCAGUACAUCCAGUGAAUCAUCAGCAACCACCACCAGAUUACACUGAUAUCGACUUGGAUUCUAACAUCAACAGAGAUGAAAGUACUACUGCACCAACCACUCCUACUAAUGGUUUAAGAGAAAUGUCCUCUCCUGUCGUCCAUCCUUCGUUGUUGGCUUCUCAGACUUCUUUCCCUGCACCGCCUAUCGAGCCUGAAGAUUUGGACUCCAUCAACAAUUAUGGCCAGCAAGUCGUCGACCAGAUCAUGUUCAAGUGGGAUAUCGCUGACUGGUCUUCAAUUCCAGACCGUCUACACAGUCCCGAGUUCACUUGUGGGGGUUGCAGAUGGAAAAUACUACUUUUCCCAAGAGGAAACAAGCAGCCUGAACAUGUCUCUGCAUUUUUGGAGUCUGUUGAUGCUGCCGAGCGUUCUGAAGAUAAACCUGAAUGGCAUUGUUGUGUCAGUUUUGGAAUUCGUCUUGCAAACACCGAAAACAAUAGCAAUUGUACAAAGAAUACUGUGUCCCAGAAUCGAUACACGCCCAGACAGACAGAUUGGGGCUUCAACAUGCUUUUCAAGACUCAUCUUCUGUCAAGACUGCAUAAUGGUCAACCUAUUCUUGAACACGAUCGUUUGUCCAUUAUUGUCAGCAUGAAAGUGCUCAAGGAUGAAUAUGGCACUCUUUGGCACGAUUUUAUUCAUUGGGAUUCCAGAAAAGAAACUGGGUACGUUGGUAUUCGAAACCAAGGCGCUACAUGCUAUCUCAACUCCUUGCUGCAGUCACUUUACUUUACCAAUUACUUUCGCAAGGCUACAUAUUUGAUUCCAACAGAUAACGAUGAUCCGCAAAAAAGUGUUCCAUAUGCUAUGCAGAGAUUGUUCUAUAAUAUGCAGUUUGCUCCAGAAGCAGCCAGUACAACCGAGCUUACAAAGUCGUUUGGAUGGGAUACUACAGAUGCUUUUUAUCAACAUGAUGUGCAAGAGUUGAACCGCGUCCUUCAGGAUAAUUUGGAAAGCAAGAUGAAGGGAACUUUUGCCGAGGGAGCUAUUCGCAAGCUAUUUACUGGAAAAAUGAAGAGCUACAUCAAAUGCGUUGAUGUGGAUUUCGAAUCUUCUCGUAUUGAAGAUUUCUAUGAUAUUCAACUCAAUGUCAAGGGUUGCAAGAAUCUUCGCGACUCGUUUGUUGAAUACUGCACUGUCGAAACUAUGGAUGGUGUCAACAAGUAUUUUGCAGAAGGAUAUGGACUUCAAGAUGCACGCAAGGGUGUUAUUUUCCAUCAUUUCCCACCUGUUCUUCACUUACAAUUAAAGCGGUUUGAGUACGAUAUGGAGCGGGACUCCCUUGUGAAGAUUAAUGAUCGCCACGAAUUUCCUUUGACCAUUGAUUUAGACGAGUUUUUGGAGGAGCCUGACAGUGCCGUUAAACAGCGCUACCAUUUACACGGCGUUCUUGUCCAUAGUGGCGAGCUUCAUGCUGGUCACUACCAGGCAUUUAUUCGGCCAGAAAAAGAUGGCAAAUGGUUCAAAUACGACGACGAUCGUGUUUUUCCUGUAUCCGAGAGAGAUGUCCUUGAAGAAAACUACGGCACCGAGGCCGUCAAGCCACUACAAGAAGGCGGUAUACCUCCCAAAUUUACCGGGCAGUUUCGUAACAAACCAACAUUCACCAACGCAUACAUGUUGGUCUACAUUCGCGAACACGAUCUUGAGGAAAUACUAGGUCCCAUCACCGAGCAUGACAUUCCUGACCAUCUUCGUCGUCGUGUUGAAGAAGAGCGUCUUGCUGCUGAACGUCGAAAGCGCGAUAAAGAAGAAGCACACCUUUACUGUAAUGUUUGCUUGAUUACUGAGGAUGAUAUGCGACAUCACGAAGGCUACGAUUUGUGCUCGUUUGAUGAAAAAAAUCCAUCUUCAAUGCAUAUUUUCCGAAUUCGAAAAGCAGACACAUUUGCGCAAUUCAAAAGUAUGGUGUCUGAUGAGCUGCGUGUCCCUGUCGAACAGCUUCGAUUGUGGAAUGUCGUUUCAAGACAGAAUAAAACCGUGAGACCCGAUACUCCGCUGCAAUCUACCAGUGACGAAUUAACUAUGGAAGUGGUUCGUAGUAAAGUUGCAAAGGGAGUUGCUGACUUGCGCUUUUAUGCAGAAGCCGUUUACUUUAUGCCAUACAGUACCAUCACUCCACCGCCUCAACUGCUACUUUUUAUCAAGUACUACGAUCCCAUCGCACCCAAGCUCGAGUUUCUAUCUUCCAUUACUGUUCGAAACAAGAAUCAUAAAAUAUCCGAGAUCAUUCCAGAGCUGCUAGCACUUAAACAUCUUCCACCUCUGACUCCUAUUCUACUUUAUGAGGAAAUCAAGGUUGGCAUGGUGGACUCUAUCAAACCCAAUCUAACUUUCUCCCAGGCCGAAAUUGGCGAUGGUGAUAUCAUUUGUUUCCAACGUGAUUUCCAAGGAGAAGAAAUUACUCAAGUUCCUGAUGCUCAGCUUUUGACUGCACCCGGCUACUACGAGCUGUUGGCCAACAGAAUCAUUGUUACGUUUAAGCCAAAAUCAAAAGAUAUGCCCAACAAGGGAGAGUUUGAGCUUGUGUUGUCUAGAAAGAUGCUCUACGAUGCGGUGACGGACAAGAUUGCCAAACUGCUGGAUUUGGAUCCCUUUAAAAUUCGACUUUGGGGAUCCAACCAUUCCCAUUCUAUGGUGACAAAAGGACCUAUUCGUCGUACCACUACUACAACCUUGGCUGAGAUGUUAAACAUAACGCCCUAUACUCUUCAAGCACAGCAGAUCAUUUAUUACGAAAUGCUCGAUGUGUCUAUUCUUGAAUUUGAAACAAAAAGAUACAUCAAAGUGUUUUAUGUUGAUGCGAAGCUUAUAGAAAAAGGUCGUUUUGAUAUGUUGAUGCUCAAGACUUCCAAAGUUGGAGAUGUGCUGGAAGGUGUGGCUUCUCGAAUUGGAAUGCCGGUUGCAGAAGCCAAAACAAAAUUGAGGUUGUUUGAUUCGAGUAAUUCGCGCGUAACAAAAGUGUAUGAGAAUGACGAGCCCAUUUCAGUGCUAUUAGACAGUUUUCCUUUGAUUGUGGAGGAAAUUUGCGAGGAUGAGCUGAAUAGAACUGCUGCUGAUAAGCUUGUUUCCGUAUGCCACUUUUUCAAAGAUAUAUACCGCGGUCAUGGUAUUCCCUUUCAGUUUAUUCUUAAACCUGGUGAGAUGUUUUCUCAGACUAAAAAACGAUUGCAAGCGCGCUCGAGCCUAAACGACCGAGACUUUGGAAAAGUUGUAUUUUAUUUCAUCACUGAACGAACACAAUCAACUCCUAUUGAAGACGAUGAUAUUCUUCAUGAUCGACCAAUUGGACCCAAUGACUUGAUUGGAAUGGAUCAUCCUGACAAAACCGCCCGAAUUCGCUAUGGUGCUGAAAAGUCUAUCAAGAUCCUGAAUUGAAUAUGAAUUAAACUUGACAGCGUUUUAUCCUC